AUUUUCGACGACAGGUAGCGAUGGAGAAGGAUGCAGGAGGUGAGGCGAGCGUGGCCGAGCUGCAGGAGCGGCUGGUGACGUUUAAUGGGCAGUUGGAAACGAUCCAGUUGCUCCUGACGACAGACCCAGACAACGAAGAGCUCGUUGGGAUCGCUGCGGACUUGAAGGAAGUGAUCAAACUCACACAAGGCAUGGUCGACCACCACCUCGCCCCAUCAUCAGACAGCGGCGGCCACGCUGCCGAUGCCACCGCUGCUUUCCCCGUUGGAACAUAUGUCGAGGUGCUACGCGAAGGCCGAUGGCUUCCAGGUACGUCAUCGCCCAAGCUCGUCCGUUAUUGAUGUGCCACGCGUAGGAAUUGUGGAGGUCAUCACGCGUGUGCCAGGUGGCGGACAUACGUUCAACAUCCAUCUGUUAGGGCUAAACGUCAAGCAGGACGUAGACUUGACGUCCCUUCGAUCUAUCGACACCGGAUCUGUGCCGCCGCUCAGCGAGGAGUUGAUUGACGUGGACGGAGCGUGCUUGGCCAAGUACUAUCUCGAUGGCAAGUACUACAAAGCGGUCAUCAAGUCAGUCACUCCCUACGGUGUGAUGGUGCUCUUUGAGGGAUACGGCAACACGGAGGAAGUGCCCACGGCCUACCUCCGUCCACUGGAAACCAAGGCGGCGGCGGCAGUUGCAGCCCCCAAGCAAGACGACACGCUGAUCGUGAUUCCGGCCAAUUUGGCCAUUUUGCCCACAGAUUCCGAGGCCGAGCGCGAUCGCAAGCGAAAGCGAAUUCGAGCGAUCAAGUCGUUGAACCGACAUAAGGCCAUCGACAUUGAACGCAACACGAAGCAGAACGACUGGACCAAGUUCAAAGCCAAAGCCAGCAAGAAGCGCGUGGUGGGCGUGAUCUCGAACCCGAAGAAGAGCAGCAUCUUCGCGUCCCCCGCCACGGUCGACGGCCGCGUCGGCGUCGUGGGCAGCGACCUCAAGAUGACGCGCUUCGACGACCCGCGCAAGAAGUUUAAACUCGUCGAACAUACUGAAGACGACAACCCGGCGCAGAAUUAGAAUACGUACCAACGAAGCAAUUAUAAUACAUUACGCUAUUAUAAUUCAGUUCUGGUAUACCCGAC